UGCAUGCUUUAAUGUGCAAAACAAUAUAAUCAGUGUUUAAUAUGUUUAAUCUUUCUCUGUAUAUUCUUAUAAUGAAUGCAUUAAUCGCUGUGUGUGUGUGUGUGUGUGUGUGCAUAUGAAAACUUGGAGCUGGCUGUAGCCCCUCCCCUCCGGUGUGCAGCUCACACGGCGCGCGCGUGAAUGGAGAGCUACUCAGUCACUCAGCGCGAGACCGAGCGCGACCGAGAGCGUGCACGCGAGACCGAGGAGCAGAGCGGUACCAGGGUUCGGUAGAAUGUUGACGGGGUCGCUGUGGGGUUGUUGAGUGUGAGAACUAGAAGCUGCUCGCGCGUGCGUGUGUGUGAGUGUGUGUGGGCGGAAGGAGAACACUGGACGAAGGAGAACUUCAGUGAUGCGGUGCGUCUGAUUUGGAGCUGGACAGAGGAGACAGAAGACUGAGCGCACGCGAGGAGCGGGGCAACUUUCACAUGACGUGACACGCGCAGCCGGCACGGUGCUAGUCCUCCAGGCGCGCGCUCUGACUCGAUCCACUGACCGGAUAACGUGUUUUCUUUCCUGCUGUGUUUUUUUUCCCCCGCACGCGCGCGGGCGCGCAGAGACAGGAGUGUAUUGACGCGGUUCUGUUCGGACCCGGACGUGUGCACGGGGAGGAAGAGGAGGCGCACUCAUUGACAAAGUGUCCAAGCUUGUCGUUUGCACGUGUUUUUGCGUGUUUUCCAGCUCGCGCUGUCUCCACCGCGAGGAAAGUUUCCUCCUUCGCAAGUUGGAAUGGAUGUGAAAAGCACAGGGCUCGCCGCGCGUGCACCCCGACUCCACACGCGAUAUCUUUAAUAUCGCUCUAUUACCACCAACACAAUCAUCUUCAUCACCACCUUCAUCUUCAUCAGUAGGUUUAUUUCCCCCCCCUCACGUGCACGGAGAUAAGGCUUGGCCAUGCUGCACGCGGUUGUAGGUGUGAGCUCGCGCGACGUCAGCGUGCCCAAGUUGACGCUGUGAGUUUGAAUGGGAACUGAUGAGCUCUGAAACGCGCUGAUAGAAAACCUCGUGCGAGUCACAGGAGCUCGACUUUCCUCUCACCUGGAGACCCGAGUGAAGACUGCAUGAAGACUGCAAUGAGUGCUCUUAUUAAACGCUUUAUUUCUGCACGUGAGCUGAGCAGCAUCUGAUCCCAGCUCCUCUGUAGAGAGACAGAGAAGAACACCGAGAGAAGAGCAGGGAGAAGAAGAGCUCUGUGCAGUAUUUCUGACUUGUUUGGAUUGAGAUUGGACAUGAUGGACAGACACUGUGGUGUCUAUCAGAUGGAGUUGACACUUUUGAUGAUGCUGUUUUGGGUCACAGUUUGGGCAGAUGACAGCAAGAUCAUUUCAGACAGAUAUGCUGUGUACUGGAACAGCACCAAUCCCAGAUUCGUACAUGGUGAGUACACAGUGGAGGUGGCCAUCAAUGACUACCUGGACAUUUACUGUCCACACUACGAGACACCAAUCCCGCCUGAGCGUAUGGAGCGCUACAUCCUCUACAUGGUUAGCUAUGACAGCUACAUCACCUGCAACCACCUCAUCAGAGGAUUCAAGCGCUGGGAGUGCAAUCGGCCAUUGAGCCCCAGCGGACCACUCAAGUUCUCCGAGAAGUUCCAGCUCUUUACACCUUUCUCGCUGGGAUUCGAGUUCCGCCCGGGACACGAGUACUACUACAUCUCAUCUCCUCAUCCAAACCUUGCUGGAAAGCCUUGCUUGAAGCUCAGAGUGUACGUCAAGCCUACAAAUGACUCAGUGUACGAGUCGCCCGAGCCGUUUCUGACUGAAGACACCAACAGCGGUCACCUCCUGUCCCCGUGUCUCAUUCUGCUGCUGCUUACGCUCCUCAUGCUCUUCAGCUCCUCCUAGCACCGUGGCUUUUCACAGCAAAACACACACACACACACACACACACACACACACACACAAUCAUAUACACACACACACACACACACACACAUACACACACACACUAUAUACAGACAUACACACCUGAAUCCUAAAAGAAAAAAAAGCUAAAAAAAAAAAAAAACUGUUUAUUAAAUAUACUCUCAUCGUUCAUUCACUUCUGAGCAUCUUCUCCAAAUCAUCUUCAUCUGAUGAUCCAAGACUGCCAUUGAGAAAAGACUCAUUUGGGGAAUAAAAUCUAUGAAAUAUAAGAAAAGACUAAAGGGGGCGGGGCGGGGGGAGGAGUCAUGCACUAAUUACAGAUGGCUAAGUGUGUUCUGUGAUUUUGCUCACGAGCAUCUGGAACAUCUGCGUGUUUGUGUCUACCGACGUGCCCCUCAGUAGAAACCACCCGUCUAACCACCAUCGAUCCUGUGGAUGCAGUCACUGUACAGCGGUUAGAGAACGAGUGCAUUUUGCAGGGCAUGUGUACUUUUCUCUGAACAAUCCCCAGCGCCUUCACUGAAAAGAAAGAAAUAUAUAGAUCGAGAUCUGAAGAAGAAUGCAGGAAGUAGCUUCAGCAUGCUUCAGUAACGAGAGUGGAUGUAGUAAAAAUAAAAAAAUAAAAAAUAAAUGAAGCCCAGUAGAUGGAAUUUCAGAGAAACAGGAUGUUGUCAGUCGUGAAAAAAAAUAAGUCCUGUUUCAGUCCUGUUUCUUUUCUACCAUACACGAGGUGUCGGUUUAUUAGAAACACCUGUACACAUAUUUAUCUGUGCGAUUAUCCAAUCAGCUACGAGGAUACAGGACUGGAGCUUCAGUUAAUGGAUUAAAAGAGCUACAGCAGAGGAAACCUGCACCAACACCAACCAGUGCAUGCAACGCUUUUUUCCAGUUCUGUAUUAGAUUCUAUUUUCUGGGAAACAUGAUUUGGUCUUCUCCUGUUGUAUCCAAUCUACCGUAAGAUUUGACGUUCUAAGGUGCCGUUCCGUGCAAAACGGUUGUAAAGAGCGGUUAUUUGUGGUACCGUCGCCUUCCUGUUUCUAAAACGCUCAGACAUUUCCUCUAAUCCUGAUGCACCUGCAGGAUUCUCUGCGCUGCACUGCUGCAACACGAUUGGCUCAUUGGUUAAUUGGUUAAUUGGUUAAUUGUGCAGGUGUUCCUAAUAAAAUGACUGGUUUAGUGUAUAUAAAACAAAACAAUAAGGGAACGUCUUUCUGUGAAUUUGCCAAAGACAUUAGUUGAACUUUUGUUUUUGUUUUUUUUAGCAGGGAAGAGGGUUAGAGGUCUCGAGGGUCUCGAGAUCACAGGAAGGGACUCGCAUCAGAAUACAGGUUUUUUUAUGACAGCUUUUUUUUUGUCAUACAAAAAGAAUGUUGUGUAGAUUAGAAAAUAAUAUUAACCAGUUACAAAAUGCCUUUUUUUAAUUACUGGUGCUCAGUCUGAAAACAAAUCUGUCACAAAGCUACAGUGCCAAGUGAUGGUGGGGGAUUCGGUGGGCGGGGCAGGGGGCGGGGCAGGGGGCGGGGCAGGGAUGGAUAUGCCGUGUUGGUGAAGUGUUAGUGUGUUUCAGGUCUUUAAUUGUCCCGACUGCUAUCUGUCUCUCUCUCUUUCUCUCUCACUCUCUUUUUCUCGGAUGCUCUCUCUAUCUCCCAGUUUCUGAAUGUGAUGCUUUUUCUCCGUGCUGAGCCGCUCCACAUGAAUCUCCUGUAUCUGCACUAACCCACGCCCUGUACACACUUUCACUCCUGCAACGGCCCAGAACAAGCGCUGACCUCGGGCCUGGAGGACUAAAGUUGCGCCCGAGAGUGAGCAAACGCCUCAAAGUUCAAAGCGUAAAAGGAGGAAUUAGGAAUUCAAGUAGCACUUCUGCUCCAGUGGACGCUUUCAUUCUGAAAGAGGAGAAUAUUCAGAAAUAAAAUGUGGGAUUCUGUGUGUGGUGAAUAAUUUUGUGACUGUACAAAAAUGUUAAUAAGGAAUGAAAAGAUUUUGUGGAAGAGCAGGCGCUGAACACGGGCAAGUCGGAAAAAAUAACUUUUUUUAAAAUGCUAGCUGAAACUUUUAUAUUUUACUUUAUUCCAUGUUAUUUUUUACGUUUUUCUUUUCCAAAAAACAAAAAAAAAACAGUGGACAUUAUUCAUGUUAUAUGAAGUUCCGAUGUAGAACCCUUGAAUUACUAGCGCAGUGACGGAACCAGUUCAAACCAGUCUAGAGAUGUUUGCUGUUGUUGUCGUUGUUUCCUGCUUGUGUCACAUUCAGGUUCAUGUAGUCCUGUAAUGAGUUCUUUUCUUUUUUUUUUUAUGUUACAGAACCGUUCAUGGUGGUAUCAUCAGAUCAUUUUUAUUUGAAGGUCAUGUGGAUGAAACAUUUUUGCAUUCCUAUUAAGUGUUCCAAUGUUUUGGAAGAGGAAAGCUACAGGAAAAAAAAUGGAAACAAUUAAAAUAAAGCUUUUUGUCUAUAGUAGAA